GCGCCGAAAAAGAUCUGUGAGUGCGGGGAGCGGGGGAAAUACGUGGUCGUGUUGUCAAAUAAUAAUCAGCCAUCAUGAUUGAUCGGCGUAGUGUUGUGGAGAACCUCCGCGCUUGCCUCCUUUCCAUAAAAGGAGGCAUAUCAGUGAAGGCUUUAGACCGAGACUACAGAACCUUAGUUGGACAUAGCAUUCCGUACAGAGAACUGGGUUAUUCAUCUUUGGAACAUUUUCUAAAGACUGUUGAAGAUAUGCGAAUUUUCACUGGUUCAAAUGGUGAAUUGAUGUUUGAUACCAUCCCUAAAGAAAACACUGCUCAUUUGGCUGCUUUGGUAGCUAAGCAGAAGUCUGCACCCAAAAAACUGAAAUUUCCAUUGAAGAAUGCUGCGCCAAGCAGAUCACGAAAUUUUCCGCCAGGAAACAAGUGGAAUUCCAAAAAACCUGAAUCGAAGCCUUCCUCUAGAAGACAGCCAAUUACUGUCACACUCAGUGGAAAAGGAGCUCAGUCAAAUAAUCAGUCAAACUCAGUGGUCCGAACGGUUCAGUCAUCUUGGACACCAGGCCGACCAGACAACUACGAAAAACCACCACGGUUUUCAAGAGGGGGUGCUAUACCUUCACCACAACCAACAGAUGCACACAUUCCAUCACUAUUUGAUAGAGCACCACCAUUGUACCCAGAAUCGCAUUACAGUUUGCCUACAACUGUUGAUCGUGUUCCAUAUCAGUCUGCUGCAGCACCUAUUGUUUAUGAAGAAUUUUAUAUGCCCCAACAACCUAUUCCACAGUUAUGUGAAAGCUUCAGCCAGUGUGAGGUGACACCUUCUGUGUCAACUCGUGUGCGACCUCCCAUUACACCCGUACGGCCUCCUGCUGCGCCUGUGCGACCGCCUCUUACACCUGCGAGACCUCUUGUUACACCUGCGACACCUCCUAUGACACAUCUUAAAGAAACAUUGCGGAAGGCUAGAAAUAAAGUGCAACCUUCUGUCAUUAUUGAGUCAUUCUUGCCUCGCAGAGGAAGUGGGUCUGAGAAGCUAUACACAGAUAAACUGCAUGAAUAUGCUGUGCAGCAUGGCCUGGGGGAACCAUCAUACAAAUUAGUACCUCGUAAACCGAAAGGAGAACCAUUUGUUUAUAGUUGUGUUGUAAAGGUUGGUGAUGAGAAUUUUAAUAAUUAUCCCGAUGAGAAAAGAACACCAGAGGAAGCAGCAGAGUCAGUUGCAAAAUUGGCUGUACUGGAAUUAACAAAACUGAAUAAAAGCCUUUCAGCUCAGAGCGGUACUACAACUGACAGAAAUGUAAUUAUAAGAAGAGUUAGCCAGAUAGUUAAAGAUUACGAGAGUGGACUGUUCAUUACACAAGUUCCUGUGGAGUAUACAAAAAGGCAUAGUGAAUCUCUUCCUGACAACUGGGAGAAAAUAAUUAGUAACUGCCCAACCAUAUCCAUGGAUACGAUAGCAGGAAAGACAAUUCUGUGGCCAGUACAGGCUUCACAAGAAACACAGCAACAGACGACAUUCCAAAGCCAGACUGGAAGUACUAAAGUGGAGAAACAAGCAGUGCCUCCCCUUAUUGAGUUUCCAGCAGACAAGAUUUGGGAUGUAUAUGUUACUAGUGCAGUAUCUACAGAUGAAGUGUGGGUUCGCCUCAUUGGUGAGAUGUUUAGUGAUCGCUUUGAAAAAAUGGCGAGUGAAAUGGAAGAGUUCUACAGCCAAAAGAAGAUGACUGCUCUGAAUCUGAGAGAUGGUUCAUUUUAUGCCAUAGAAUCUGAUGACUGCUGGCACCGUGUAGAACUUCUGGAAGUAAAUGGAGAUGAGGCAUCUGUGUAUUACAUUGAUCAUGGUGAUGAAGACACAGUACCAUGUGAUAAGCUUUGCGUGUUGGAUACUCAAUUUGCAGCUCUACCCCAACAGGCUAUUGUAUGUAGUCUAGCAGGCAUGGAGGAGUUUCGUGAUGAUGCAUAUGCAGUAAGUUUGUUGGAGAAGAUGGUAAUUGGUGGAACAUUUGUUGCUGAAGUAGAACCUAAUGCAGAAAAAGUUGCACUUGUGUUGUUUGACACAAGCACCGAUGAAGAUAUAAACAUGAAUCAGUUGUUAAGUAACAAGAUACGUCAACAUCAGUUCACUCCAGAACUGCCUCAGGUGGACACAGUGAAGGAUGUUUUCAUUAGUAGUAUAGCUCAUAAUGGAGAUGUCCAUAUACAGAUGAGUUUAAAACCUCUAGAUUAUAUAACUAGUCAAAUACAAUCAAUUUUAGAAGCAGCUGUGAAUGAGUAUCUGCCCAAAGCUUCAGAUGUCAGAAGAAAAGCGGAUGACCUAUAUUUAGCUCCUUAUGCUUCAGACAAUUCUAUGUACCGUGCAAAAAUUGUGGAGGAGUACCCUGCAACAAAUGAGGCAGACAUCAUAUUUGUUGAUUAUGGUAACAUAGAGCGGGCCCGUCUUGACAGUCUUAUACUUCUGGAAAAUGUAGAUGAUGAACUGAAGAGCAUUCCAUAUCAGGCAAUUAAGGUGAACAUGCACAAUUUACCAUCAUCAGUAUUCAAUGAAAAGGUUGCAAAUAGACUUCUGGAGCUGGUUCCGCAGACAGAUACUGUGCUCAUGAAAGUUAUAACACCAGGCACUGACACAGAAGCACCUACAGUGGAGCUCUUCAAACGGUUCACAGAUGAAAAACUAUUAGUGUCCAUCAACAACACACUAGCAUUGGAUCCAGACUUAAUAAGGUCAUCUGAAACAAGUUCUGGUACAGACCUGCAACGUAAGAAACGUGCGGAACGUUCUCAGUCUGUACCAUCUGCAGGGAAAGGUCCAGAUGAACGUUACAGUGAAACUGGUGUUGUCUGCACUCCUGGAAUACCACCACCAUUAAUACCGAAAGUCAAUACUGUAUUUGAUAUUCAUGUAACAAUGGCUUCAAACCCCAGCAACUUUAUGGUACAAGCUUAUGAAAACCUUGCAGCACUUGAUGAAAUGAUGGACAAACUCCAAGAGAGGUACAAUGAAAUUGGUGGUAGCUCAGUUCCACAAAGUGUAGUUGAGGGAGAAUUUUAUGCAGUUCUUCAUUCUGACCAGCUCUGGUACAGAGGCAAAGUCAUAAGCGUUAUGAGUGAUUCAGUAAUUUCUGUGUACUUCUGCGACUAUGGUGAUGUCUCAGUCCUCUCCCGUGAAAAGUUCAGACUGCUGGCAGAUGAAUUUAAGACUCUGCCACAUCAAGCAAUAAAGGCAAAAUUAUGUGCUGUAAAACCAAUUCAUGGAGACUGGUCCGUGGAGGACUGUCUAUUGUUCCAGAGCUUGGUGGUGGAGAAGCAGUUUCCAUCUUUGGUUUUGGAUACAGGUCCAGAUAUUGUAAAUCCUCAUGAUACUGUUCUGGGAUUAAAGUUAAUAGAUACGUCAGGAGAAAAAGAUUUUUGCAUUGAUGAUUUGCUUGUAAAUCAGAACCGUGCAGUACUCGUUUCCAAGGAGCGGCUUUAAAUAUGCAUUCCAAUUUAUGUCUAUGUUGCUCAGAACUUGCAUUAGGAUGCAGUUAGUAUUUAUAUCAGUGGUUGACAAAUAAUACUUGCACUGCAGAUUUCGACUGAAAAUAAUGUUGCUCACAAAACUUCCAUUAUUUAUGUUUACUUGUUAUGGUAAAUAUGUAUUGUAAUGAAGUGUGUAGUUAUUUAUUAUUUCUGUAAUGAGAAUGUAAAACUUUAUUUCCUGUUUAACCUGUUUUCAGUAUAUGUUAUAUGGUUAUAACCAGUUUGUGUGGAAUAUAAUCUGACUUCGUGUUUCCAUUAUUACUGAAAUAUUGAAGGGAGAGGGGGUUUCAGAAAGAUCAAAGCAUUCUGUGUUUUGCUUGAAUCUUUAUUUCUUCAUUAAACGCUUUGUCAUAACUGAAUGUUGUCCUGUUUGCAAAUCUUUUCCUUGUUUGGAAAGUUAAUUGUUUCAAAAUGUUACAUUUAAAACAAGUUAAUAACUGGUCAAGUGUGAAAUAAGAAUGAAACCAGCUAAGUGUGGUUGUACAAGUGAACAGAGAAAAUUAUGAAUUAUUGCGAAACAGAGCACAUUCUUGAUUAAACAACAGAAAGGUAAAGCUAGGGAAAAGUAACAAAGUUAGAUAUGAGCCACCCAUAAUUUUAAUGCAGCCGACAUGUUAUAUUCCAUGUUGGGGGAAAAAUAGAAUUCAGUUUGUGCAAAGUAGAAAUUGAAAACUGCAAAUCCAGGGCAUUGAUCACUACCAAGGAUGACUGGAAGGCACCUUAACUGACAUUAUUUUCAUGUGUUUAUCAUUAUCACACACAACCUAUUUCAUAAAUACAUUUUUUAUUUAUUUAUUUAUUUAUUUUUUUUUUUUAAAUUGCUGGAUUUCUGUCGUGUAUGAAACAACAAACCAAUAUUUGACAUUGAGUUGGCUGCCACAUAUCUCCUAGUUGUAGUAUCAGAUGUAAGACAUUAAAAUGCUCCUGCUAUACAUUAAAACUUUUAUCAAUUUGGGUCUUCCAUAUAAGUACCAAAUAGCAAAAUUUUAUUUAUGUGGAACUUUCUUCAGUUUGUGUGGGAGAAGCUAAUGGCAAACUGAAGCUUUUGACUGAGUCCAUAAGGUUUACUAGGAUUGUGUAAUUGGUAGUUCACUGCCCAUCAACAGUAAGUACGUUUAGGUCUGGUCCAGCAGACAGCAUAAAUUUUUCCACUUGAAAUCCAUUGAGUUAGUACUCCUGUGUAGUUACAUCAUUAAAGUAUGUGCGUAUAUCAAAUCUUCAUUCCCCACCAUCCUUUUUUUAAAUUUUUUUUUUUAAAUUCAUUCACAUGGAAUCCAUUAUACUGUGGAUCUGUCAGAACGGCUUGCUAAUUAGGAAUUUCUCUUUCCACCAGUAGCACACUGCUGUUGUCCUGCUUACUUUCAGGUUCUUAGUUGUUCUGUUUAUUUAAGGUUGUCUUCUAUUCAUUCACCCAAAGCUACUUGUGAAUGCUCUUGGGAAAUACUGUGGCAUGCAUUGCCUUUAUAGUAGCUAGAAAAUUUGUACUAAUUUUGUUUUUAGCUCAUGGAAAAAUAAUUAUUUUGUAAAUUCCAAUUUUAUUUUGUUUAUGUGGAUUGUGCAGGAAAACAUUACUGUUUCUUGAGAACCUGAUCGUGAUUUACAAUUAUUGUGAGUUAAAAACAUUUUAUAUUUCCUUAACUUUUUAUCUUUCAUUUGUGAAUUAUUUUUCUGCUGUGUUUUAUUCGAGUCAUAUGAGCUGUUAAACAAUUGUUUUCUGUCUCUAUGUAAAGAAAUGUGAUAUUUUGUAUUUACUUGUACCAAAGUAUUAGAUAUUCUUAAAAUGUAGGUUAAAAUGAGAUUUGACGUUUGCUGCAAUUUGUACUUUAUGUACCAAUGGACGUUCUGUGAAUGGAGAAUUCACGGAAGGAACAAAAAUAAACACACAAGAGAUACAAUAUGUAGUAAAAUUUCUGUAUGGUUUAGCUGUUACGUUGCCGGUUUUCUAUUAUUGUAAGAUUCCCUCAGAUAUAAACAAUAUUGUCAUUUACGUAGCUUUACUUAUUUGCAUUGCAUUUUCAAAGCAUUUUGACUGGCAGUGUAAUGUUGAUAUGUUGGUUGUAGGACAAAACUUGUAAGGCAAAUCUGUUACCAAGUCUUGCUUUUACAAUAUGGAAAAAUAAAAUGUGUAGUUGAGUAGUGGUUUGAAUAAUGUUGUAUAUUUCUGUACUAACACCAAUCAGAACAGAUGAUCAGUGAUGUGGAAGCUAAACUGGAGUCGAUCAGGUUUCAGCAAAUGUAACCCUCUUACAGAGAGAUUUUUUAAAACAUGGUUAAUACUAAUGAUCUUACAAUGAUGGGUUUAUACAGUUCUUUUGUAAGUGUAAGAUGUAGCUUUGAAUAAAUGAACAUCGAAGUAUGUAGACAGGGUUGAGGGAGAACAUUGCUUUUUAAUUAUGUCUUUAUUAAAAAAUGUUCUUUGUGGCGUGUACAUUGGUGUCCAUCUGUACAAUUUUUAGUCUUAUGGACAUCUUCAGUCUUCUGCCUGCGUGGUCUGUUCCUGUUAAACAAAUGCUUGCCAUUUUGUUUCAUAUAUUGCAUUUUUUACAAAAACUUCUACAUACAGUAUAUUUAUGUGUUCAUCAAAAGUAACAUAAUGAAUAUCAUAUUUCUUAUGUUGUUCAUGGACCUGUGCUAGUGAAUGUUUUGAAAUUUUUGUAUUCCACUAUACUAUUCAUUUUUGUUAAUAAGAGAUACUUAUCAUUGACUACCAUUGAUUGUUCCUAAGUGAAUGGGUUGUUCUGUUAAG